AUGUCUGGUACUACUGAAUCUCGCGACAGCCUGUCGUCCUUGUUCCGAAUCGAACAACUUCGUGAUGACAACUGGCUUCCGUGGAAGCGCCGUACAAUGGCGAUCUUAAGGGAGCGCGGUGUCCUGAAGUAUGUUGAUGGGACCUCGGAGAAGCCGAAGCCGGUAGACGCAACGACACCAACACCGGAAGAGAUGGCGGCAACCAAGAAAUGGAUCGAGGGUGAUCAGAAAGCCCAGACCGUUAUCGAGCUGCUGUUGAGCGACUCGCAGAUGAUACACAUCACGGACGCUACAAUGGCUGUGGAGAUGUGGAACCAAUUGAAGUUAGUAAAGGAGGCGAGUGGACAACUGGGGAUAAUGGCAUACCGAAGGAAAUUCUACCGCACAGUUGCCACAGAAGGCAGCAAUAUUGCGGCGCAUAUCAGGGAGCUCCGCCAGACACAGGAGCAGCUACACACAAUGGGUAGCAAGGUGUCGGAUGAUGAAUUUCGAAUGAUCCUGAUCACAUCGUUACCAGAGUCUUGGGACCAGUUCACAUCUGCAUACCUAGCUGCAACUAGUCAGAAGGACACGCUGCCGACAUCAUAUGAAUUAAUAGCCAUCUUGCUCGAAGAAUACCGACGCCGGCGAGAGAAAGGCGGUGCCGAUGAGUCUGCGCUGGCAGCGCGUGGGCGGUGGACCCAGCCGAAGAAUACCACACAGGGCAGAACGGACAGGAAGUCCGAUGUGGAGUGCUGGAAUUGCCACAAGUGUGGACACACUCAACAUGAGUGUUGGUCGAAAGGCGGCGGCAUGGCGGGUCAGGGACUGCGAAGCAAGAAAGGCGGCCGUGCGCAGGCGCGCACGAACCAGGCACAGUCAACGAACGAUGUGCUGCGAGAUGUCGCGUUCCGCACAGACGAGGUGACCUGUGCCGGGCAACAAUUUAGUAGUCAGUUCUCACGUUAUGACUGGCUAGCUGACUCUGGAAUGACAUCACAUGUUACGAACCUUCGUGACACGAUGACAGACUAUGUGCCGCUUGAGGCCUCGUCGAUUGCCGGGAUUGGAGACCAGAGUGCUGCUAUGCCGAGUGAAGAGCGCGCGAACAUUGCGUGCGAUGAUAGCGACUCGUGGGAGUUGUGGCACCGGAGAUAUGGACACCUGGGAUUCACAGGGUUAGAGAAGCUCUACAAGGAAAACUUGGUGGAGGGACUCACCAUUGAUGAAAACUCGAUGCCACUGACACAGUGCGAAGCCUGCAUUCAAGCCAAACAGGCGCGCCGUGCAUAUCCGAAGGAGGCAGAGGACCGAACCCAGAUGCCAGGCGAGCUGAUGCACAGCGACGUCUGGGGCCCUGCACGUAUAGCGUCGAUUGCCGGAUCGCGAUACUACUGCACACGGAGGUGCCAAGUACUGUUUAUGAAGCAUAAGACACUGCGCGGGAAAACUCCGGAAGAGGCAUGGACGGGCAAGAAGCCCAAUGUCGCGCACCUACAAGAAUUUGGGUCAGAUGUCUGGAUUCUGACGGAAGGCCAGAAUCUCUCGAAACUCGAGCCAAAGUCGAAGAAACACACCUUUGUAGGUUUUGCUGAUGGCCCGAAGGCCAUGCACUACUACGAUGUGGGUGUGCACUUGAUCCGAGUCUCACGAAAUUUUGUAUUCGCGGAUGUCCUGAACCCAGCAAGCAAUGUUCCUGUACAUCAGCUUGAUGACAGUGACAGGCUGCCACUCGAGGGGGAGUCAGGGGGAGCUGUCAAGCAGCAGCCUCCCACAUCUGCAUCAAAACCAGCAUCAGUACCUGUCAAAGCUGAUCAGUCUAACAAGAAACACGAUGGAAACCACAUUACGGAGGAAGACUUACCUCCCGAGAUGCAGGAGAGCAUGCGAGAGCGACCGACAUUCUUGCCUGCACCCCCGAAGAUCCCUCUUCAUUGUACGACCCACGCCAUGCAGGAUCAUGACUAUCGAAAGAUGGAUAACCCCCGCGUGCAGCCCGUGAAGUCACGCGAGCUGCCGGGAGUGCCGAAAGAGAACGCACUGGGUGAAAGUGCAAAAGUCGCUGUGAUGCCCGAAGAAUUCGAAGAGAUCGCGCAGGCACUGUAUGCGACAGCGCUGGCAUCGGGCGACAGAACGGCAAGUGCAGGAGAUGAACCGCGAAGCCUCGCGAGGCCCAAGCCUCUCCGGAAUGGCCAGAUGGAUGUCAAGGGAGCUUACCUGAAUGGAGACCUCCAGGAGGAGAUCUACAUGCGACAGCCGGAAGGCUUCGAUGACGGAAGUGGACACGUUUGUCGACUCCACAAGACGCUCUACAGACUAAAGCAGUCCGGGCACAAAUGGAACCGCAAGCUGCAUCGCGAGCUGAUGGAGCUCGGGUACAAGCGGCUGGAGGCGGAUCCAUGUGUAUACCUGCGGGAGCGAAAGGAAGGAGAAGUUCAGAUUAUCACGGUAUGGGUGGAUGACUUACUGUUAUUCACCAACUCUCCGAAGCUCAUGGAGGAGCUCAAGCGCGACCUGCAGGACCUCUUCGAAGUCACGGACCUUGGUGAGCCGCAGAAAUUUGUUGGGAUUGAAAUUGAGCGAGAUAGGGAAGCGGGAACACUUCAAAUCUCGCAACAGCACUACAUCAAGAGCAUUCUCAAGCGAUACCACCUUGAGAAUGCCAAGCUGUAG